AUGGCAGCGAGUAACAUAUGGACAUUGAGACGCUUUGGGCAUUUUGUGCCACAAACUGAACGAAAGCCUUGGAAGGUUUCAGAGGCAAAGGCCAAUGAACCUAAAAUUGUCAUGACGUUGUUGGAAUCUGGAUAUUUGCUGGUGCUGCAAGGGCAAGAAAGCUUGGCCACAGUCCCUUUGCACGAUGGCUCCAACUCUCUUAAAGUACAGCACAAAUCUGAUAACCUGAUGAUCCGAUUUACUGUGAAGGGGGAGAGCCGCAUGAUAAGGAUGCAGUUUGAUGGCAGCAGCACAGCAGAGGCCGUAAAUCAGUGUUCAAGGGCUGUGGAAAAGUUGUCGGCAUAUGUUCCUGUCACCUCUCUGGAAGUUGCUGCGACACAUCCAAAUCAACCCCCCGUUGAGGUCCCACCAGCAGCACAGCAGGCAUGUCAGAGAAAGACUGGGCAGCCUGAGCCUGAAGCUGUCCACGGCUCUGUGUCCAUCAAGCGUCUUACUGAGCACUACCUGGGAGAGACUACUCUGGCUCUCCCUAACAUAUACAGUCCCUGUUCUUUGGCAUCAGGUGACUUGGAACCCAUCCUGCGGGUCUGCCUCCUGGAUCCCAGCUUCCCUGCGUUUGUAGAGAAGGUACAGGAGGAGUUGGAGAAACUGCAAGAAGAGUGAAAAAAAUCUCACCACCAGCUGAAGGCAGAAAGCUCAAGUCAGUACCAUUAU